AUGGAUGACGACGAAGCGUUCCUAUAUGGAUCUGAUGACGAGUCAGGUGCUCCACCAGCGAAAAGAGCCAGAGUUUCCAACGAAGGCACAAACGAAGGCAAAGAAGCACGAGACGAAGUACAAGACAACAACGACAAUGCAAAAGUUGAAGAAGAAGAUGACGAUGAUGACGACGAUGAUGAUGAUGACUCAGAUGACUCAGAUGACGAUAUAGAGUUUAUUAUAGGCGAAACAGGAUCAAAAGCAACAACUACAGAAGUGAAAGACAGUGGCGAUGCUUCUACCAAGAAGCCUGGACUGAGCAAUAGUACUGGUAAUAAUGAUACCACCACCACUAUAGUACUUAAAGAUUCCGAAAGCAAAGUUGGGCUGCUUGAUAUUGAUAAGGUAGCUGAACUCGAUGGUAAACCUUUAACACAAGUUGAUUUAGAGAAGCUAAAGAAUAAACCUUGGAGAAUCCCCGGGGCAGAUAUAACUGACUAUUUCAAUUAUGGAUUUGAUGAGUUCUCCUGGACUGCUUAUUGUCACAAGCAAGAUAAGCUAAGAGGCGAGUUCAAUCCUCAGAAGCUUAUGGCACAGCUUUUGGGGUCUACACCCAUGCCUCCCCCACCUAACAAUAAGAAUGGUGGUGGUGGUAACCAAAUGGGAAUGCCACCUAUGAUGCCAGGGAUGCCCGGGAUGCCUCCAAUGAUGGGAGGGAUACCAGGUAUGCCACCUAUGAUGAACAUGCCCAACUUACCUCCGUUCAAUCCCAACCAGCCAUUUCCCCCAAUGCCUAAAAAGUAG